AUGGCCACCUCCCCGGCGAGCCAUUGCGAGCAGCUUCAGGAACAAAACAGACUGUUACGGGCACAGGUCAAGCUUCUCCAAGCAAACUGCCAAUGGGUGUCAUCUUACAAUGAGAUUUUGCUCGAUCUGUGUUCAGAUCGAGUAUCCGUUCAUUCCGAAAAGAUCCCCUCGAGCAGUGACGCUGGCUCCCUUGAGGAAUACUACCUGAGAGCUACGAACAAUAUUAGUGACCACGAGAUGCUGGAUCCAACCCUGAGUUGCGAAAGUUUUAAUGUGAAGAACUUGGCUCUCCAUAACCACCGAUGGGUGGAACCAUCUCACCCGAACAUCUCAGGUGUUUGUGAUAUUCUUCCCCUUGAUGGGGCAAGCACCUCUUACCAAUCCGGAUCCAUUUGUCAAAUGCCAGAGUUAUCCCUACAAUCACCUAGCUUCUGGCUUGAAACAUUCUCCGAUUCCUCGACCUCGCAUCCGGUGGGCCAAGCAGCAAUAUCCUCAUCGGAUCCUAGCACCUCUGUGAAUAUACUCCCAACAGUGCCACAGGAAUUCGUUGAUAGUGGAACUAAUCCCUACUCCUUAUCCAGCAAGUCUUACACUUAUCAAGAUUUCCAUUCCAGACAAGAAACCGACAACGCGUGGAGCCCCAUUCUCGGCAAUCAAACUCUCUACGAUGCUGGAACAACUCCUUGUUCUAUGCCAGAAGAUGACAGACGGCCACUAGAGAGUGCCACAUCCUCAGAUACCUUCUCGGCGAAUAUCCUGAACACUGUGCCUGGUGAAGCCACGCAAGAAUUCCCACGCCUCCCGGCUUUGGCUCACACGGAUCUUCCGCCGUCACUAUGGAUGCCAGAUGUCCAGCAAUGUAUGAAUACGAGCACGCCACAGGGGCUGCUGGACCACUAUAUUUAUGCUCUCCGAGAUUUUGUGCACCGGCUCGACUCGUGUGGAGGUCUCGGUCCAAAUCUCCGAGCCAGGCUUAUGACCAAGGGAGUGCUAUGGGUAGUUCACGAGGCAUGGCCUCAGGCCGAACACUUCUGGAAAGCGACCGCUUCUUUUCAAGGCUUCCUCCAAGCCGAGUUGUGGCGUAAUUUCCCGGACUCGUCCGUGUAUCGCUCCAUGCAUCCAGCCUACAAGCCAACCGUUCUGCAACUGGCAGUGCCGCAUUCUCCCAUAAUUGACUGGCUGCCCUGGCCCGAUUUGAGAGACAAGCUAAUCGCCAGCCAAGAGCAGAUUGACGUGGAUCUUGUCUGCAAGACAGCCAUUCAGAACGUGGUAGCACAUCGCCGGGCCAUCCCCCAAACCCGCCCACAGAAGCGAGUGCGCCGAGAUACGGAAGGCAAUUCGCGCCCUGCCCAGAAGAUGUCGUUCAGAGUUUGGGAUCUUUGUAUUUUGGAGGAGACAGCUGGAAGGAAGCCCAAGGGAAAUACAGCGCUUACUUAUCGACCAAAAUCCGCACCGGUUCGGGCUCUUGAAAAGGCUUACGCGCUGGAAUACAAUGACUUCCAGACUCAGAAGUUACACCCUGACUUCUUCACCAUGUUUCCGAAGUUGUUCUCACAAAGCGUGAUUUCCGACUACACGGUCCAAGAGUUGCCGACAGUGCGCAAUUUCUCACGUUGGGAUGUACUGGGAAGUCCACUACCAAUAUCAACAGCCUCGUUGGCAAGGCUAGAAGCAAUUAGCACUUGA